AAAUCACUUGUUUUUUUACUUAAUUAAUGGAUGAAAAUAUACGUUCUCAUGAUCAAGACAAAUAAAGCACAAAAGUUUGCAUUUUUUUUCUUCCAUAUUUGAACCCAUUUUUUACAAUAUCUAGAAGUUAUGUGUUUUCUUGAUUAUUGUUGAGCUAUAGAUAUAGUCAUUAGUCCUUUUAUUUUAUUUAUUAUUAUUAUUUUUUAUCAUAGCUAUUAGCUAUGCCUUUUUAUUUUCCUGUUUGCUCAGUGAAUUGAUGUUGAAGUGGGUAGGUAUAUUUCUUCUUUUUAAUUUUCUGACAUUAGAGAAAAUAAAUAAAUAAUGAACUAACGCUACAUUAAUCGGUUUUUUUUCUCUUCACCCCUCCCCCUCCAUCUGUCCCUCCCAUUUUCCCCGGGUUUCAUGAUCGCACACAAAGCCAUAGUAAUGGAGAACGAUUAAUGGCAUUGAUGGUGGAGAGGAAGAGAUGCAACAAAGGCAUAUAUGACUCAAGAACAAGUUUUAAUGUGGACGUUAACCGUGAAAGAAGCCGUGUACUACUCAGCUGAACUCCAACUGCCCAAAAUGAUGCCAAGAUCCGAGAAGAGGGAGAGAGCAGAUAGAACAAUAAGGGAGAUGGGGCUCCAAGAUUGUGUGAACACUAGAAUAGGAGGCUGGGGUUUUAAAGCACUAAGUGGUGGCCAAAAGAGGCGUGUAAGCAUCUGCUUAGAGCUCCUGACACACCCCAAACUUCUGUUGCUUGAUGAGCCUACGAGUGGUCUUGAUAGCGCAACUUCAUACCAUGUCAUGAACCAGAUUGUGAAGCUCACUCGGCAAUACCAGAUGACAGUUUUAGCAGCAAUCCAUCAACCUAGUAGUCAACUUUUUGGACUCUUUAACAAUCUUUGUCUUCUCUCUAUGGGGAAAACAAUAUACUUUGGUCCUACUUUGGCUGCAAAUCAGUUUUUUGCAGUAAAUGGUUUUCCUUGCCCAGAUCUCCAGAGUCCUCCAGAUCAUUACCUUAUGACAAUCAACAUGGAUUUUGAUAAGGACACUGCUCGUGGAGAGGUUCCUGCUGAGCACAUAAUCAAUGCACUUGCUGAAUCUUACAAGUCAUCCGAGAUGUAUACGGAAGUGAAAAGUGAAAUAUCCACUAUAUGUAGAGAGAAAGGAGACCUAAUUCUGAGAGAACGAAGCCUACAAGCCAAAUUCAUUACACAGUGCUCGGUGUUAUCGCAAAGAUCGUUUAUAAACAUGUACCGUGAUCCAGGAUACUAUUGGUUGCGCCUUGGCAUAUAUAUUGGGUUUGGUUUUUCACUAGGAACAAUCUUUUUCCACAUUGGUUUGGGAUUUGGCUCUAUUCAUGAUAGGGUUUCAAUGAUCAUGUUUGUUUCAUCAUUCUUGACCAUUUUAGCUAUUGGCGGGUUCCCCUCCUUUGUGGAGGAAGUAAAAGUCUUUCAAUGGGAAAGAUUAGAUGGGCAUUACACGGUUGGAUCAUUCGUUAUCAGCAACACCAUCUCUUCAACACCAUACCUUCUUCUCAUCUCCAUAAUCCCCGGAGCAAUAGCUUACUCACUCAUGGGACUUCAAACUGAACCAAAAUUAUUUAUCUAUUUUGUGUUAGUAAUAUUUGCGUCAAUGUUGUUGGCUGAGUGUCUUAUGAUGAUUGUAGCUACCAUUGUUCCAAAUUUUCUCAUGGGGAUCAUAUGUGGUGCUGGAAUCCAAGGAUUGAUGAUACUAGCGUCAGGGAUCUUUCGAUUGCCAAAUGAUUUACCCCAUGUUAUAUGGAGAUACCCUAUGUACUAUAUUUCGUUCCAUAGGUAUGUAUUACAAGGAUUGUAUAAAAAUGAGUUUGAAGGGCUAAAGUUCCCUGAGUACUCAGGAGGUCCUCCUACAGUUGAUGGUGAGAUGAUAUUGAAGAGUGUAUUGCAAAUCGAGAUGCAAUACUCUAAGUGGGUUGACCUGGGAAUCUUGUUUGGUAUGCUUGUUGCAUACAGGAUAAUCCUCUUCUGUAUUAUUAAGAUAACAGAGAGAGUGAAACCUAUUAUUAAAGAUUUCAUGCCGUGUUAUAGUUAUAGCAACUAGAAAUUCUUCUAUCGGACCCCAUGUGUUGUUUGUUUCACUUCAUGAACCACAUAUUCCAAUUAAAUGUGCCUAGGAGCUCGAAGAAGUUCCUUUCAAUAUAAUUAUUGUAUUUUUCUAUGUUCCACUAACGUUGAUCAUGUAUUCUAAUAGUAUGUAUUAAAGUUCAUCAUGUCACUAUUCCAAAGUUUUCUUUGGGCUAUUUAUUCA